GGGCGGGGCUCGGCGGCCCGGCAGGUGCGCGUGUGGGGAAGGGGGUCUUCGGCCCCUCUCGGCGCUCGCCGGGCCCCUCGGAGCUUCCCGGGUCCGCGGCGCUCGCUGCUCAGUCAGUCCCGCCGUAACCUGCGGCUGAGGCCGGACGCCGGCGCGGUAAGAGGUGGAUUGAAUACCCUCUAAGAUACCUCCUGAGUCUCCAUAGCAACAGUGUAGAAAUCACAAAUGUCGACAAACGAUGGAAGAUCCAGGAAUCGGGACAGGCACUACGAUGAGGUCCCAGGGGACUUGGCCUAUCAAGAUGGCACCAUAAGAACCCUCCAGACUCUUCAUGACAGUGAGCUGGCUGUGAGCGCUGAUCCUUUGCCACCACCCCCUCUCCCAUUACAGCCACCAUUCGGCCCCGACUUCUACUCAAGUGACACAGAGGAACCGGCCAUAGCACCAGAUCUCAAACCCGUGAGGCGCUUUGUCCCCGAGUCCUGGAAGAACUUCUUCAGAGGGAAGAAAAAGGACCCGGAAUGGGAUAAGCCAGUGUCAGACAUCAGAUACAUCUCCGAUGGAGUGGAAUGCUCACCUCCAGCCUCUCCAGUAAGACCAAAUCACCGUUCACCCGCCAACUCCUGCCAAGAUACUUGUGGAGGGUCAGAAGGAACCUGUAAUUCCCGGAAAGACGCUGAAGCGAUGCUUCCCCAGGAUCCCUAUGGAUCUCUAGGCCGACACACACAAACAGCUCGAACAUACAGCGAGAAGAUGGAAGAGUAUAACCUGAGGUAUUCCUACAUGAAGUCGUGGGCAGGCCUGCUGAGAAUUCUGGGUGUGGUGGAGCUGCUCUUGGGGGCCGGCGUCUUUGCUUGUGUCACAGCGUACAUUCACAAGGACAGCGAGUGGUAUAACAUGUUUGGAUAUUCACCAUCUAACGCCAUGGGAGGCAUUGGUGGCCUGGGCAGUAUAUAUGGGGGCUAUUACUACAGUGGCCCCAAAACCCCUUUUGUACUUGUGGUUGCUGCUUUAGCUUGGAUCACCACCCUUAUUAUUCUGGUUCUUGGCAUGUCCAUGUAUUAUCAGACCAUUCUUUUGGACUCUAACUGGUGGCCCCUAACUGAAUUUGGAAUUAACGUCGCCUUGUUUAUCUUGUAUAUGGCUGCAGCCAUAGUCUAUGUGAAUGAUAUCAACCGAGGCGGACUGUGCUACUAUCCAAUAUUUAAUACACCAGUGAAUGCGGUGUUCUGCCGGGUGGAAGGAGGACAGAUAGCAGCAAUGAUCUUCUUGUUUAUCACCAUGAUUGUUUAUCUCAUUAGUGCUUUGGUUUGCCUAAAGUUAUGGAGGCAUGAGGCAGCUCGGAGACACAGGGAAUACAUGCAACAACAGGAGAUAAGUGAGCCAUCAUUGCCAUCAAAAAGGAAAAUGUGUGAAAUGGCCAUCGGUGGUGACAGACAGAGAGACCACGAAGUUCAUUUCAAAGAACUGAGAUCAACAAAAAUGAAAACUGAAGUACUGAGUGGACACAUCCCCCCAGGCCACAUUCCUAAACCUAUCGUGUUGCCGGACUACGUGGCAAAAUACCCUGUGAUUCAGACGGAAGAUGAACGAGAACGCUAUAAAGCUGUGUUCCAAGACCAGUUUUCAGAGUACAAAGAGCUUUCUGCAGAAGUUCAGGCCGUCCUGAGGAAGUUUGAUGAGCUGGAUGCAGUGAUGAGCCGACUGCCGCAUCAUUCGGGCAGCCAGCAGGAACAUGAGAGAAUUUCACGAAUCCAUGAAGAGUUUAAGAAAAAAAAGAAGGAUCCUACAUUUCUGGAAAAAAAAGAACGCUGUGAUUAUCUAAAGAAUAAACUUUCUCACAUAAAGGAAAGAAUUCAAGAAUAUGAUAAAGUAAUGAAUUGGGAUGUACAAGGUUAUUCUUAAACCUUAUUUGAAACCACUUUUUUAAUAACAAACCUAACUAUUUAUUUACUGGGGUUUUUUUUAUGUUUGUCUCUGUGAUAGAGAAGCAAGUGUUUCCUGAAUCAGACUCUAGUUGGUUUAGCUGGUAUGCAAUCUUAAAACAGUAUAAUUUCACUCCAGACAUUUCAAAACAAAUUCAAAUUUACUAAGAAUGAAAGAGAUCCUGUAGUCAUCUGUGUACAAUUUACAUUCAUAUUGUUGAAAUUAUAAGUGAUUUAGAGACCUUAUCCUUGUGGUAUGAUGAGCAAGUAGAAUAUCAAUUCUGGUGCCGAGAAUGUGUCAAUUCUGGUGCUGUAGAAUAUCAAUAUUUUCUUUUUACUCAGGCCAGUUCCUAAGAUUUUUCUAGGACAAAUUUCCUAGCCAAAGGUGUCGUUUCUUUCCUUGAAAAGGGUUUGAAUCCAACAUGAACAUUUUCAAGCCCUAUGAUCUUGGGGCAAGUUGCUUAAUCUCUCUGUACCUCCAUUUCCUCAUCUGUAAAAUGGGGCUAAUAAUAGUACCUACCUCAUAGGGUGUUAUGAGGAUAAAAUGAGUUAAUAUUUGUAAAAUACUUACAACAGAGUCUGGCACAUUAUAAGCACCACGUCAGUGUUUGUAGAAUCUGUAGAAGUGUUUGAAAUGAAUAAACUACUUACCUAGAAUACGCGUUAAGUCCGGAGGAAAGGUCCUUGAUGAGCAGGUCCAGCCAGCUUACCAAAAGGCCAUGUGUCUCGUGACUUUCUUUUUGUCUGUUAAUAACUCUAACCACACAUAGCCUUAAGCAGAUGCUUCCCCGUGGUUCUUUGCCCCUUGGGGUCCAACACAGCCUUCCCAUCUUUUAUCAGUAUCACUGUCCACAUAUACCUCCACAUCCCCACAGCCCAGCCAUUCCUGUCUACAUCACAUCACACAGAAGGUUGUGUGAACGUUGUUGCCUUCCCCAUCCUGUUUGGAUAUCCGUCCUAGGGCCCCAUGGCGUUCCAUUUACUUAGAAUCUCCGUUUCAUUUAUUGGGAUGCUUCAUCUUCCCAAGGAUUAUCUUGGCUUUGGGCUUUAUUCAUGAGAAAUGUUUUUAUUAGUAUGAACAAUGAACUGCCUAAAAAAUGUUUUUAAAAAAUCAUUGCUACUGGAUCCUAUUCACAGCAUCUACCUUGUUGAUAAUUUCACAGGGGUAGAAAUACAAUUUCUGAUUAAUAGCGCUGCCAUUCAAACAGUUGAUAUUCAAAGAACUUUUCUAAAGUGAUGAAACCAAAGAAAAAUCUGUGAACAAGCAGACAGUUAAAAGGGUGUUGGUUACUGAAUGAACUUCCUAGUUUUUCUUUGUCAGUGAAAUCUUAGUGUUCGUUGUUAAUAUUUUAAUUCCAUGGUUCUCAGACUAUGCUUAGGGCCCUAAGAGGUGACACCUAGGGAAGUAUGAGGCCCUCCCUGGAAGCCCCCCAACUAAAACAACUAGAAAACUUUCUGUAUUAGGUAUUGGGGCCCCAUGAUAACGUUUCACUUAAGAGGACCAAUGCUUUGGAAAAAAAGAUGAAAUAAUAUUAUUUUGAUAGCUGUAAAGAGUUAGAUUAAUAUUGAAAUGAAGUGUUAAGGAAAUUUAACUUUGUACAACUUUAUUUUGCUACAACUGUAAAUGUUACUCUUUGAAAACCGAUAUUGUAACACUGGUUUUCAAAUUUUUUAUGUCAAUAUCUAGGCAUAUUAAAGUUUUAGU